AUGGGCUGCAUGCUGCCUCGGAUCUCCAAGCGCAAGACUGGCCCAGCUGUAAGGCGUUGCAGACCCAAAUAUGUCACUUAUUGGUAUCAGAGAGAAGGGCACUACUUGGAGUCCCGUCGGCCUGUCAUAGAUACGGGUCCAAGUGGCAAUCUCCAAUCCGUCUCCUGGUCACCUGCCUUUCAAGGUCCCUUUCGCGUCAGUGAGCAUCAAAAGACCCUCGACCUUCCAGCAUUCCGUGGCAACCCGCGCGAGGCGGGCCCUGGGACGGGAGCAUUGCGUGCUGGGAGCAGAGCCGCCAGGGCCUCCAGAGACAUCCUGGAGUCGCCGGAAAACGUGGUCCAGCAUCGGCUGGAGCCCGGCGACUGCGUCAUCUUUGACAACAAGCGGAUCUUGCACGGGAGGACACAAGUCGACGCUUCUGCGGGACUCAGGCACCUGCGCGGUGCGUACGUGGACGGGCAGGCACUGCACAGCACCUUUGUGAACCUCAAAAAGAAGAACUUGAUGACGCACGGACUUGUCAGUAGCGCAUACGAGCCGGGGAAUCCGUUAUUCCGGGGGGGCAUAGGGGACAUAAGCCUCAAUGACCUCCGUCCCUGGUCCGGGCCGGGGGCCUAG